AGAUCGCGUAGCACAUGAAUUGUUUGCAUGCGGUUGUUUGCGCCUGUGGUGAUCAUUUCACGCGUACGAUCAGCAGUUGAAGGCAUCGGAACCAAAACUAUCGGUGAACACCUGUUUCGCGUCCGGUAAGAACUUUGUCUCGUUUUCUGAACCCUUGAAAAUCAAGUGAUACUUCAGCCUGGUGCCUUGGUGAAGAUCAGAUAAAGCGCGACCAUUAGAAGAAACUCUCAUGACAAAGUGAACAGCGUUUUUAGACCGAGCCUCGUUGAAACCUGGGGGGACUUCUCAAAUGGAAAGAUUUUCACGCCCCCACCCAAAUCAGCGAUUCUGGAACGCGCGUGCUGGUGCUUGAACGAAUGACGAUUUAGAAGCCGAAAAUUACUACAGAAAAGAAAAACAAAUGUGCUACUCACUGUCUUUGGCAGUUUGAUUUUUAGUGCCUUGAAAGAGUCACUUGCUUCCAUGUGCUGGUUCGCGCUUAGCGAACGACUUCAGUUUCUGUAGUGCUUGCUUUGGACUGAGAAACGAAGACAGAAGGUGUUUAUGAUGUUUAAUUGUUGUUAUUUUGGGUUGGUAGCCUAAACAGCGCAUCGUGACAGUGACCGGCAGAAGUGUGACUCAGAAAAUCGUGUGUUCGAGGUAGAAUAAAGAGUAAUCUCGUGAUUCUUUCCAUGCUGAAUGGAAAUUUGAAGUGAUUAUUGGUUUAUCGAUUUGCUGCUAUAUAUUUGUGAUGAUGAAACGGAAUCAGUGCGGGCUACAUCGGAACAGUAACGAUCUGUGCUAGUGACAGUUCGGACCACGGCGCUGAGUCAAUCAUGUUUAUCCUCGUGAUCGGUGAAGAAGAUCGGUGAUCAUUAUAAGCGAUGAACAGCACCGCCGUCGUCAGUCGGCUGAGCAGUGCACUGGCCAGUCAUGCGUCGACAGCCGCAGCUGUGCCGACAAAAGGUGCCGAGGGGCUACCGAGUGCUGAUACUAUGUUUACCAAUUCCAAAGAGUGCUGGGUGUUGCCGAGCAACCAUCCGCUUAUGAUUCAUCGAAUCAGUGGCGAAGUGGAUGUGAGUGACAACAACGACGACGGCGACGACGACAACGAUGAUGAUGAUGAUGAUGAUAAUAAUGAUGAUGAUGAAGACGAGUCCUGCGGGACCGUAAGUGACUACUCUGCGGAGGAAAUUCCAGUAUGGAUCAAAGGAGAGCAACGGUUUAUCUCGGGUGUGACGGACGAGACGACUUGUGGUGAUCUCGUUGAAGCGUUGUUGCAGCAAGAAAAUUUGGCUUCGGAAUCCGAGACCGUACAGCUAAAGGAUUACUGUAUCACUGAGCGAUGGCGCCAGGUGGAGCAGAUUCUGGACGGUAAAACCAAAAUAUGGCAAAUAUGGUCAGCUUGGGGUAAAGCACAGCCGGAGGUAAAAUUCGUCCUCCGACGCGUAGACGGAUCUCACGGAUUAUCGAAGGCAUCAGCAUCCAAUGUAAAGUCUACUGGCGCUGGCUGCCUGGGCGUUGCUGGUUGGGACAAAGACAGUGGCCGCGGCAGUCCCACGGGAAGUAUCAAUAGUGCAAUAGUCCGACGGAAGCGGCAUAGAGCGCAGAAAUCCUCUUUUGCGUGGAUGACGCAUGGGGCGACGAUUCAUCCGAAGUCGUCGAAAAAUUCAAUUGAACGCCUCAUGAAGCUAAUUCUCGAACAGGGAGAUAUUAUCCAGCAGCAACUGACUAAACUUAGGGACCGCGAGAUGCAAAUCAACAAAAUCGAAGAGGAUCGCCAUCGCGUCCGUGAGCGCGAACAUGGCAAGAACUACCUCCUGGAAACGUACCUGAAAGGACUGUCGGAGGCGACCGAGCUGGAUCUGAACACGGCCGACAGUGGAAUCACUUCUGAGGCCACGACUGCCGCAUCUCCCGAGAUGGAAGUGAGCCGUGAUGUCGAGUCACCACCGGCUGCCACCACCGAGAAGGACUCCGCCGUUAAGGAGCAGAUCAAAAUGCUCGAAAAGAUUGUCCAGCUCAACAAGCAGAUUGUCAAGGAGGAGGAAACGGCGGUGAAGCUGUUCGAUCGGAUCAGACGCUACGAGAUGAAUAUCCCUAAUCAAAGUCCUGAACAACUCGAAGAAAAUUUAAAAAAAGUCAAUAGAAACAUCGAAAAAAGUCAAAGCGAAUUGCAAAUAAUCGAUGAAACACUAAAACAUUCGGAUAUUGCUUUGCGAGAGAAAAACUAUCUUCUAAAGUCACUCCAGGAAGAGCUCGAUGCGGAGGAAUCGGCAGCCAAUGUCAUCAUGGAUUUUUCCAUGCCAAAUCCUACUCUGAGCGUCAGUAGGGCGAGUCCUGCGUCUAUGGAAGGCUCAGGUGAAUCUACAAUCCAAAAAAAACCUAACGACGAUAAUUACCCAAUGUUUGUAAACAAUGAUCAACGAAGUAGGCCAGAAAUCAGUCAAAAUGCUCACACGUUGCCCCGAAACCAGCGUUUCCCGGUAACGGCUCAAAGUGCGAUUCCUUCGAUCUCUGUUCAUCAGAUUAAUAAAUUCAUUCAAUCAAAUAACAAACUGGGCACUAAUUGCAAUACCAUGUUGGACAACAAGAUCUGUCCCAAACAGCUGUUCAAUUCAGCAUUGUGCUCUCAGUCUUCUUCAAAUCCGACUCAAGACGUUUGGAGAAAACCACAUGAGAGUGACGACAUUUCCAACGUGGGAACACUAGUUUAGUUGUGCGAUGACAAGUUUUUCAUUGACAUAUACAUUUUCAUUGUCACAAAAAGUAAUGUAGGGUAGUGCUAAGCAAAAAUCGUUUCUCAUAACCAAACAUAUCACCUAAGAGUAGGCGUUAAACGAGGUAAACUUUUCUUUAAAUGUAGUUAGAUUUAGACUUUGCGUGUAGUUUUAUUUUUUUGGUGUUGUUCUACUGUUUUGUUUUACGAUAUUGUUUGUUUUCGAUAAGCUAGUCACAGUAAGAUUUCAUCACAUUUCACGACAUAUGAGCACAUGUUUGCAAAAUUCAAGCAAGAACAUGUACUUUCUUGAAAAAAUAAAACCGAAAUGAUUGAGUUUAUUUAUAUUGACAUCUAGAUAAGAUCUGGCAAUAAAACUGAAGCUACCAAAAUACCAAAACAUA